CACAAUCUCAUAUUUUGGUAGAAAAUAAUCACUCAUUUUGAGUGAUUGUGGAUGGGCCCAGAAAAAGGUAAUACAUGCAUUCGGUUACAAAUUUAACCAAAAAAAAUUUAAUCUUGACAUUACACGCAUUGGCUAAAUACAUCACUUGAAAAUUGAAAUCCCAACCUCCAAACAACUCUAAUUUUUUAACCUAAAAAAUAUUGUUAAAAAAAGUGUGAACGGUAUUUAAAAUCAUUUUUUAAAAAGUCAAGGAGCAAAAUCAGCAAAUAUUAAUAUCAAACUUAAUCCACAUUUUCGCUAUCUAGUCUACCAACCAACUGCCGACGGCGAUGGACGUUGCAGCUAUCAGUGCUGUCAGUUUGGCAACGCUGGCGGCGAUGAAGAGCAGCUCCGCCUGCUAUUGCAAGAGUAUCGCCAUGGAAAUCAGGUGGGCGAGAAAACCCAGAAGCAACUCUCAGAACCCGACAAGGACCGCGCUCAAUUCUAUAUCUCCCGUGGAAACAAGCGUUCCUCUCUACAUCUCUGCAAACCCAUCUCACGUCCAGCCCCAACAGCUCCGCCGCCUCUUCGCCCUUUGUAACCACUCCUGCCACCGUUUCCCCAAGUUAAUUCAACGUUCAGAAUAUGGAGAGGCCGCGGCAACGGCGGCCGUCGAAGAUGUCGACGUGGAGAAGCUCGGAAUUGCUCUCUCUCAUAGCUCUGUGCUCGUAUCCGUCUUCUGCAAACCGCGGGAUAUUGGGAUUCGGGAUCAAGAAGAGGAAGUAAAAGGAGGUGAUGGUCUGAUGGGUUUGGGAGAUGUAUUGCAGAGGUUGAUCCCUCCGGCUCUGAUGAUCUCGCCCUCUAAUGGGCAGCUCGUAGGUUUUGGUCGAGCUGUUUCAGAUUCGGGAUUGACUGCAUCCAUCCAUGAUGUGGUGGUUGUCCCUCAGUUGCGAGGAAUGGGAAUUGGGAAGAUGAUCCUUCAGAAAAUCACAAGAAUACUGAUUAGCAGAGACAUUUAUGACAUUGCAGCCCUUUGCUCUGCCAAUGAGAGAUCGUUCUUCAAUGCUUGUGGGUUUGGGGAUGACAUUUUGGGCUCUACCACAAUGAUGUACACAAGGACUGCUCCAACCGGUGAAAAUGCUGGUGGAGAUUAUCAGGAUCACAUGGCGAAACGUGUAGGUAGAAAACUCUUGCUAAUCCCACCUCCCAGAGAGUUACCUUCUCUUAAGGUAACUGUUGGAGAAUGUGCAGAGGACUGAGCUUGUAUAGUUCAACUCCACAGCCAUUUGGAUAGAAUAUAGACUACAGCAUAGAUCCCAGUCCCAGGUUAGAAAUCGACUGUUGUACUCUGGUCUAGUCUCUUAGAUCAAUAUAUUUACUCGUUUUCGCCAUGUGGGAUUCUGUCGCAAUCUCGACUUUAAGCUUAAGCUUUACUACCUUAUCCAUCGAUAAACUAGUUUAAUCUUUACAGUGUCCGAACACAGAGUUUCGUGUCAUUGACAUUUUCUGUAUUCUCUUCUCUCUUUGCUUGUUUGUGGUGCACUUUCGACAGCCAAAAACGGGUUUGGCAUUUUGUCCUUUGAUUAGUAGUUUUGGCAUAAAAAUUUCUAUUUGCUCUUUCACCAAGUAAAGUAGUUAUGCAGACUACAGGGUUGCAGAUAAUGCAUUGUUAUACUCUUUUCCUUUCUGCUUGAACCCACUUUGUGAAAAGUAGAACCAAUCGAUCUCAGGUAGAAAAGUAAAGGCAAAAAGUUCAGUUCUUUUGAUGAGCAUCUCUAUGUGCAUUCUUCCUCUCUGAUUCCUGCAAUGGGUGGUAAGAUAUGGGUAGAAGCAAGUCUCAUCUCUGCUCGAGGCGUUAGGCGUUCUUAUUCCGUCUGGAAGUGGCAGUUGUUUCCUGCUGUUUGGAUUGAUCUCGAUAACAAGUGCUGCACCAACAUUGCAAAAGAUGGCUCUGGAAAUGCAAACCCCACAUGGAAGACCAAGUUUGCUGCUUUGAUGGAUGAUACGAUUUCCAGGACAUGGCGCUAACUGUUGAAGUCUAUAGUCAAGAGCCCAUUUUCCUCAGGGAAAGCCUUUGAAGGGACCGCGACCAUCCUCCUUAAAGAGUCUCUGGCAAAGUACAGCAACAACAAGAUCUCCUCCUCAUCUGGAUCUGAAGAAGUCGGGAGCUACCAGCUUUGCAAACGAAACUCUAACAAACCCCAGAUUUUGUUGAUGUUUCGAUCGGGAUCACCGAGGAAAGAGAAGAACCUAGUUCACACCUGGCUACAGGUACUCGUGGAAUUGUCUUGUUGCAUGCAAUGUAGUAAAAAUCCGAAGUCAACUCCUAAGCUUGCUAGUACAUCAAUGAACUUGGUAGAAUUUAUGCUGUAUAUGCUUCUACCCCUAUUUCGUGAUUGCAUAUUUGGACAGGUUACGCUCGAUAUUGCAUAUGGAUAUCACGAUCUUGUUAUGGUACUAUUUGGCAAAAUUUGCAGGGUGUCUUAGAAUACCUAUGACUUUUAUGCGAUUGGUAAAAUCUUUAGAUUCUUGGAUUCCAGCUUACAACUCAAAUUUUACGUAGGUUUUUUAUUUCAUGUAUGUAGACUUUAUAGUUCGACUAUCUGGGAUGUUAAUGAAUGAACGCUGAAUGUUCAAGAGUUGUCGAUGUUAAAUGCUUUAGAGAUGGUAGAAAUAUAGCAAAAGGAAUUUCGCUCGUAGAUAAGACCGAAACAUUGUUGGGGCUGUUGCAACUUAGAGAAGGAAUUUCAAACUUUUGAAUACUUCAUAUUUGUUGUCGCCCUACAACAGAUUGAUUUUGAUCUGACAAAAAUGGGGGAAAGGUGAAAUAUUGAUUUGACUAGCAGGUAGUUAUAUCAUCUCCAGAUAGAUUUGGUUCCUGAUAGCUGAUGUAGUUGUGUUUUGCAAUGCAGGUGGUGAUGGAGGAAUCAUAGGUCAUGGCAAUAAUCCUGAGCAUGCGGUCUAUCCAAGGGAGCUGCCACCUUUAGGCCCUUCCAGUUCCUGGCAACCUCAACGUCGUCCAGGCAACAAUGAAGGAGGUCCACCGAUAUAUCAUGGAAAGAAUACAGGGCACUACCCAAGAGACAGCCGCCUUCAGCUCCAUUCAGGAAGCAUCAAAAUGCAUCAACAAACUUUUGAGUAUACUAAUCAUGUACCUUACGCUGCUGCAAAUCAUCCUAUCCCCUCUAUGGAAGGGCCUAGCUACCCAGCCUCGGUGCGUAGGACGGUGACUCCUCGUCCACCACCCCCUUAAGCUAAUGUUAGUUACAUACCCACCUUUCUUCAGAGUACAUAAAUGUGCCGGCAUCUGCAGCAGUAACUAAAGGGGUAGCAAGACCGCUGGCCGCUGGUGUAGCCAUGGGAGCUGGAGUUGGAAGAGCUCUUGCUGCUGCUGCUGUGAUCUUCGGAGAUGAUUUCAUGUCGGGAUUUAGCAUCCCACCAAGCUUACAAGAUCCUAGUCUUACAAUUUCUAUGGAUCCUACAUUCUGAUAAC